AUGUCCUUAGAUAAUGCCAAUUCAAGACGCAAUUGGGAGCACACCUCCCAACCUGGUCUCGUCACCAUUUCUGGCAUUCAGUAUCGCAUCUCUCGUGCCCCAGAUGGCUCCAUCUGCUGUCCUGUUCCUGCCUGCCCAGGUACCUUCAACAGGAGGUCCGCCUUCAAGACCCACUUGAAAACUAGUCCGUCUCUCCUUCUCUCCCUUUAUCUCUUUCUCUUAUCUUCCUUCCUCCUUUCCAGAUCAUCUAUCUCCCCCUCAACUCCUCGCCUCUCCUCCCCAACUUCAACCUCGUGCGUUCCCCUUUUUUCUCUCCAUCCCCCCUUUCAUAUAUCUACUUCAUCCUCCCUCCUUUCUCUUUCCAUCUUCUUCUCUAUCCUUUUCUCAUCCCUCUCAUAUUCUCUUCCAGUUCUUCCUCAAGCCCCCCUCCCUCUUCCUCCCCCCUCUCUCCAGCCGUCCCUCGAUGAAUUUCAACUCGAUCCCAGUCCGUCUUUCUCUCUCUCCUCCAUAUAUCUACUCCCUUACCCUUCGUUCCCUCAAGCUAUCUCUCGCGUCGUCCUUAAUCCUGGCCAAGAUUAUCUUCUCUCCACCCCCCUUUUGGAUCAGCUCGGCCUCUCUUUCCACACGGCCCUCAACAUUUUCAUCUGUAUCGCCUGCAAAAAGUCUCUCACCGCUGCCAUGGUCUCUGGUCACCGCAAGGCUCACCAUAACCAAUCCCUCGACAAAAUUCAGCUCCAAUCCCUCGACCAAUUCGUCCUCCAAUACAACGUCUAUCGUCGCCAAGAAGAAGUUAACAUCCCCGCUCACGCCGGCCCUCCCGUCCAGCUUAUCGCCCCUCCCCGCCCAGGCUUCCUCUGCACUCAGUCCCUCGAUUGCCAUUACGCUGCUUGCACCAUCACCACCAUGAUAAACCAUGGAAGGCUCGUCCACAAAGCAUCCUCCAACGCCAUGACCUACGACCAUGCUCUCGUUCAACAGCUCUUCGAGUCCGUCGGCCGCGUCUACUUCGUCGUCCUCCAGCCCCCCCCUUCUCACCAGCCCAUCACCAUCAGAGACGCCCUUUCCCAUUCCUUCCUUCCUUCCCUCGAUCUUCUCCUCGUCCCCUCCUCUCCCCUCCCUGACGAGGAGCGAAGGUCCCUCAUUAAAGUCAUGGCCUGGGAUCGCUUCAUGCCCGACGUCCGUUCAAACAGAUCCGACGUCAAAUUUUUGGACGCCCUCAAGGCUCGCCACACAGAAGAUGAAUUUCUUGGUUUUUUCGUCGCCUUGGACUCCCUCGUAAAAGCUUACUUCGCCAUCGCUCCGGACCUCCUCGAAGGUAACCCCCACAGUUUCACCAUCUGCAAACUCAUCUUGCAUGGCGACAACGUCACAAAGGAUUCAGAUUACUGGCGUCCCGUCUCAAAGAAAAAUACUCUAUAUAGCGAUCUCCUCCUCCAGUUUUUGCGCGCCAUCCUCAGGCUUUAUCUCUCCCAACACAACCCUUCCAACUUCUCCUUCGGCCUCCACCCCAACCAGACACAGGCCCUCCACGCCUUCGCCUCCACCAUAAAUCGCCCUGACCCCCCUCCCGUCCCCGACUUGGGCCCCGAUGGCGAUCCCAUGAAGAAGUUGCAUGAGUUUUUAUGGUCUUUGAUCGAUGCCGCCAGCGUUCAUCCAGAACAGACCUGGGCCAACGUCAUCCAGCGCUUCAUAUGGUUCAAGGCUCUCCGCCGCGACGCCAAUUUCUACGAGUCCACUGACCUUGCCCCGGACCUCGCAAAAUUAAAGUACUUCGUCAACAACGCUUGCAUCGUCCAUGCUCUCUGGUACCAGAAGCACUCUCUCGUUCCUCAAUUCGAACGAGUCAUAGCCGUUCACCGCGAGGUCUUGGCCCUCGGACGCCCCACCACCUUUAAUAUGCUUUUUGAGUUUCAGCAAUACGCCUCCUCCUUGGCUUGGAACCAGCAACGCGAGCCCAGGGUCUUCUUCGACCCAGACUAUCAGUGGAUAAUCGUCGGACGAGAGACCUUGUACCUCUCCAGAUUUCGUCAUGGCAUUCAAUCUCUCCUCGACCAGAUCGAGGACAGGUACCUCCUCCUCACCCGCGGUCGCAUCAUGAUGCAUGGCCUCCCUGACCAUGUCGCAGAUGACAUGACCAACUCCAUCCGCGGCCAUUCCUUCGUCAACGACGUCCAAUUCGAUCCCCUCAAGCUCCAGCUUUUCUUCCAUCUCGUCGACAUCCAUCGCUUGGCCAUGCUCGAUCGGGACGGCCGUCUCGCCUGGGAUAUACCCGCAGUAAAAGACAUCCUUCGCCGUACCGGCGACAUAUGGAAGCCCCUCUAUCAUCUUCUCUACAUCACAUCCCAGAUAUCCACCAGAGGCGUCCAAUUUUUGCAACACCAAAUCGCCAAUGCCGACCGACACCGAAACAUCUUCCUUCAGGGUCAGGAACUCAUCAUCUUGUCUGGCUACAGCAAGACCUCCCACAUUUCCGACAGAGAUUCUUGCACUCCUGCAUUCGUCCAUUCAAAAUUGGCACGAUGGAUGGUCGAGUUCCUCGCAGGAGGCUUGAGGCAUGCAGAAUCUCUCCUCGCAUACGUCGCAUACGGCGCCACCGCCCAUCAUGAAUACAAUACCUUCCUCGUGAUGGACGACGGUCGUAGAAUAAACCCGGACCAAUGGUAUUCCAUAUUCUUGCAGGUAAACCGAGAGCAAUUCCAGUGUGCCUGGGGCGUACGUGACUUCAGACAUGGCGCCAUAGCCAUGGCUAGGGAAUUCAUCUCUCUCAACCAUGCUUUCUCUCUCGCUGAUGACCUGCUGGCCGAGAGCGCGGACCACUCCACCCAAAUCGACCACAUCCAUUAUGGCAACCUCCACGGAGCCAUCCCUCAACUCACCAACAACGUCAUGGAGAAGCAUCGCUUGCUGUCCGAGGAAUGGCAGCUCUUCUGCGGCCUCGGUCCUGGUGAGCCCCAGCAACCCAUUCGACAGAGAAGGUUGAACAGGCCAUCUGCAUCAUCCCCUAAUCACGGUGGAUCCUCUUCCCUCGACAUAUCCGCCAUUUCUGAGGCCGUCUCGACCAGCACCGCCGCAGCAUUAAAGACUUACCUCCAGGAUAACUUGGUCCCGCUCCUUCGUGAUAUCGUCGCCCAGGACGUCCUGCCUUCCAUCCUCGAUACCCUACGGAAAACGACUCAGAACUCUGCUCCUGCUCCCGCAAUACAAUUAGCCAUCGGUACCGCGCUUCAUGCGCCGGUCGAGCCCCAAGGGAAAUCUGGCAUGACCAUCGUGUUCAGAGGGCUCAAGAACCCCCAGGAAAAAUAG